CGCGGCCCCGCGACAUGGAGUAACCUCUCGAAGGAAUUAAAACACCUUUUUUUUAAAGCUUCAUUUCGUAACGACGCCCUCUGGGAAAGCCGAGUCAAGUCCUGACGUUCAGAUAUGAUUCAGAGGAAUGAGGUGGUUCUCUCAGUUCUGGGUGAGCUCCAGGAAGCCACCGAGACCUCUGGUCUGGAUGCCCUUUGCAGAGUGGCCUUGGAAGUGGACCAGGCCCUUACUCCAUUUAAACUCCCUAGUACCCCCUGCCGGGAUUUCCCAGAAUGGACAGACAUUGACGAUGUAGCCCAUAGCCUGUACCCACCAGAUGCCCCCGCAGAUCUUCUACCACUCACCUGUAUAGGAGAGGGCAGUAGGUUGUUUGACGCAGCUAGCAUGCUAUUAGUGGGCACCAUUAGCCUUAGCUUGGAGCUACAGGUAAGGACAGUAGUGGAGAUGCUGCUCUGGAAGAGUUACUAUCUGUGCGGGAUGAUUGACUCAAAAAUGAUGCUGCAGGCAGCUCGCUUUAGCCUCUGUGCUGAGGAGUCUGAGGAUAUGGUCAAUUUGCCUACAACAGUCCUUGAGGCCAUUUUUGAUGCUGAUGUCAAGGCUUCCUGCUUUCCUGGCUCUUAUGUCAACAUGUGGCAUGUGUAUGCGCUGUCAUCAGUUCUGCAGUGUAACAUUUACUCUAUCUACCCAAUGUUCAACCUCAAGAUUCGACCCUAUUUCAAUCGAAUCAUACGCCCUCGAACCGGGCCCACAGAAUCCGACUCAGCGACCCUCCACAUCAUGUGGUCUGGCGAGCUACAGGCUGGCUCAGUAUUUAGGCCUAGUAAUUUUGUAGCAUUAGUCCCAGUGGGUGACCUCAAGUUUGGAAGCCCCAGUAGUAAGGAGAUGGUCCCGCCCCUGAAGAUAAUGGAGCUACUGAGCCAAGAUUUACAGGUGUCUUACUCCAGUCUUAAGGACAAGUACAACAUCACCAAGAGGACCUUCUACCGUUGGAGGAGGCAGACCCGGGAACAUUGCAAAAAGUCAGCAGCCAGGUAUGAGGCCAAGCACUUUCUGCAAGCCUGCUACUUGGAUGGCAAGCUAAUCCCUCUGCACCAGUUCAAGGAGUUCUUCCCUGAGAUUUCCAGGUCAACCUACUAUAACUGGAAGCAUGAACUCUUGAACUCUGGAGGUAACUUCUCCACCACAUCGUCCACUGGUGAGGUGAGUCCUGGUGAAAGCACAGAGCAGGAGACCUGGUCUUCCCCCGAGACAAAGCAGGAUGAACCAGAACACCAUGAGAGCGUGGCUAGUAUGUUUGGCCUCAACCUAGGCAAGCUGGAGGGAGAGCGGGCCCAAAAUGUAACCCAUAUGCAGGAAGCCAAGCGGUGUCUUCAAAAUUGCAUUGCAAUGAACACCUCUUACCCCUUCAGAAUCUUCAAAAGAAAUUUCCCAGGAAUUUCUAGAUCAACUUACUACAAUUGGAGGAGAGAGGCCAUGCUUUUCAACCGAAGAUAUAAAGUGGCUCCUGGUAGCAGUGAAGAUAGUUCUGAUGCUGACAAGAGCCAGAGUCCAAAGAGUUUGUUGUCCUCAGCCCCACCUAAUGCCAACCAACCUGUUGUUCCCAGAGUGAAGCUUUGUAGGCGAAGCCACAGAAGUUUCAGGCUUGCAUACAUGAGUAAGAAGCAGCUCAGAGAUGCUGCAAAGAUCCAUGUUCAGAGGUCAAAAUGCUCUUUUACAAAAUUCAAGCUCAAGUUUCCAUCCAUGUCCUCUUCUUUCUAUUGGCUGUGGCGCAACAGUCACAAUCGAAACAGGAAGUUGAUGACCCCCCACAGUGUAAUGGUGCAUGAUCCCGAGAAUCUGGAUACAACCACCGGAAAAUUUGAAAAUGAGAUGACAGAGAGAAGGAUGAAUGGUCAUGAGGUUCUCUCAUUUGAAGAGAGUCCUCAAGGUCUCACGGUCCCCUACAACCUUCCCAGCAAGGCACCUAUAGAUGAGCAAAUGUUUGUGAUGGAUGUUGUGGCUCUGGCCAACUUUAAGGCCAAAGCCAAGUUAUUCCUGCAGCAACGCUUUGAGGAAAAAUCUUUCCCCACGUUCAAAGAGUUCAGGUCUCACUUCCCCUUCACUCCACGCUCAACCUACUACAUGUGGAAACGAGCUCUACAUCAUGGAGUCUCUCUGGUUCAUGGGUAA